GAAACGAGAAGGAUAGACUGGUCUCGCGGUAGGAAAAGUGGAGGUGUGCAUCGGCAACGCCGCAUUAAUCGAUCUUCGGUGCUACGAUUGGCGCCUGUUAGAAAAGGAGGCCACGAACGAGAAUCACCGCCAUUUUGUAGCAUUCUUGCGUGAGUGGCGUAUCGGGGAGGACGUGUUGCCGCUGUUCCUACGAAACGCUCGUUAUUAAUAACAGAUUUUUCGUCACAGUAAAAGAUGUCACGUUACCGUGAGUGGGACAUUGCUUGCAAGGUGUAUGUUGGUAAUCUGGGCAGCAGUGCUAGUAAACAUGAGAUCGAGAGUGCAUUCAGUAAAUAUGGUCCAUUGAGGAAUGUGUGGGUCGCCAGAAAUCCACCUGGAUUUGCUUUUGUCGAAUUUGAGGAUCCUAGAGAUGCCGAAGAUGCAGUUAGAGGACUUGAUGGAACGCGCUGUUGUGGAACUAGAGUAAGAGUUGAGAUGUCCUCUGGCAGGAGCCGUCGUGGCGGAGGUCGCAGACCAGGUUCAAGAUACUCCAGGUCCAGAUCUCGCAGUCCCCCUAGGAAAUCUCUGGGUCGUUACCUGAGGUCCCGGUCAAGGAGUCCGAAGAGAUCGCCCAUCGACCGAUAUUCCAGAUUCUACCAGCGUCAGCUCCUAGCUCUGCUCGUCUCCCCGCCACUACUACUACUGCUACUACUACUACUACAGCCACCGUGAAAAAAAAAGUCUAGCAAUCGAAAAACGAAAAAAAAAACCAAUAUUGCCUGCCUGCCCACUAACCUCCCAACCAGUCACCAUCAGUCACCACCAGUCACCGGUAGGAGCCAAGUUGUCCGUCAGUCACGUCGGACCGAGACAGUCCGUUUUGCUGUCCGUCCGUCGGUUCGCCUCUUCCCCGAACAAAUACGACUUCUUCGGCUACCACGACUCUUCUAGCGGCUAGGAGCAUCGUGCACCCACCGAACCGCCAAUGCGCGAUACCAAUACUCACGUCGAAUUACUAUGGCGCGUCCGUCCGUACGUGUCACCCCGUACGCCAGUACGUCAGUACGUCAGUACGUCACUCUGUGUGUCGCCGCCGUGUCAACCUCGCCGUGUCAACUACUCUACUACUGCUACUGCGCUCGUCCGCCAUCACGUCUUGUUAGCCGUUAACUUAGCCGACCGGGGCGCCACUUCUCUGCGACCGAGCUAUGCAAAAUGAUCACCUACACACCAUCCCACCACCACCCAACCAAGUACCACCACCACCACCACCACCAACCACCACAUGUCACAGUUCUCUGGUCGAGGUCUCGCAGCAGUCCCCGCCGAAGGUCUCUGUCCCGCAGCCGCAGCCGAGAUCGCCGCUCGCGAUCGGAUUCCCGCGAAAGACGUUAGGUGCUAAGAGUGCUCGAGAGAGAACAAAAAAAAGAGAGAGAGAGAGAGAGUGGACGGACAGUAUAAAAGUGCCGGAUGGAAGAAAAUACGGAAAAGCUCUUUUUAUUUGUAUAUAAAUUGUGACUAUACCAUUUACCACGUACACGCACACCUUGCACCGCGUGUACACCUCUCUCGCAUGUAAUACUAAGGACGGACGAGGUAACUAUACUUACGUGUCGGCAUCAAGGGGCGAAGAAACGUCUCUCUCUCGAUUGGGGAUAUGAAGAGCUACCGGCACGUAGCUUCGAGUCGCUCCUCUUGCACGCGUUCAUUUUACACGUGGUAAUGUGGAAAGAAAUACACGACGUGACACGGUGACACGCAGCCUAACUGCGUGCACGCCUGGCCGAUAUAACAUUGGACUACUCUGUUUAACAAUCAGUUGUGCGGAUUAGAUACUCGAUAAUCAAAUACACGAUGCUGAGAUUUCUUGAUAAAAGGAACAUAAAAGCGAGAGAGCCCCGCCGCGUCGCGGUGAUUCAAGUGAAGAAACAACACACAAUUGUUUUACGUUGUAUUAAUUAUUUUGUACUCUUAACGAAUCUAAGAUUUAAAAUAAAGCUGUAAUCUACGACCUUU